AUGAAGUUUUCACCCCGCGAUAAUUUAGGCACUCGUUCCCAUCCUAUGGCAACAGAAACCGAAGCCACAAGCAAUCCUUCCGAUUCUAUGAUAAUUGAUAAUGAACCAAAACGUACAAAAUUAGAUCCAGCCAUAGAUCCAGCUAAUGGAAGCACACGUCGAUCUAGAGGUCAAUUUUAUGUGGAGACUCCAGUAUUUUCGAGCGUUGAUUGGAAAUCUAUAGAUUUUAUAUUGAUUACAAAUUAUAAAAAUAUGCUUGCACUACCUUAUAUAACCGAAUAUUCUGAAUUUAGAGGAAAGGUUUACGCAACGGAACCUACGGAUUUAUACGGAGUUGAAGUUACUGCACAUAGCGCUGGAUAUUGUUUAGGCAGUGCUAAUUGGUCGAUAAUUUGUGAUACUGAAAAAGUAACUAUUGAUUUGUGCGAAUCGCAUAGUGAAGAUGACGUUAGAUUAGAAUCUAUUUUACCUAUGUUACGUGAUAUUGGAAACUAUGCAGAUAUGUUUGAUAGAAAUUUGCUCUAUUACGCUGCUCGUGCUGAUAGUUCUCUCCAGGAAAUAUAUAAAGAACCAUGUGUUGUCUUUGCGGGACAUUCUUCCCUGCGGAGCGGCGCAGUCAUUAAUUUUAUUAAAAAAUGGGGAAAUAAUCCAAACAAUGCUAUCAUUUUCAUAGAAUCAGAAUUCAACUUUAAAGAAGCUAUUUCCGCAUUUGACGGCUUGCAAAUUAAAACAAUGCAUUUUCCAAUCGAUAUUCGCCUUACAGUUGAACAAGCAGUCGAAAUGAUUAAAGGAUUGAAACCUCGGGAAGUACUGUUCCCUCACGGAAUAGUCAAAAAUGCAGAUGACAUACGAAGACAAAUACCUUCAUUGGUUACUCUGUACGAACAUUUAGACAUUGUUAAUGUCUCCAUAAAUUCACAAUAUAAGAGAACUUACAUGGCAGAAAAUCUUGCAUCUGAAAUAUAUACAACAAACAUUGGUGAAACAAAGGUUGCUGCAUUAUAUGCAAACCUCAAAACAUAUAACAAUCAAUCUUCUCUAAUUCCUUCCGCAAGUAGUCAAAUAUUAAAACAAACUUAUGUGAUCGGAAAUAUAAAUGUACCGAGCUUGAUAGAUAAACUAACUGAACAGUUAAAUGAUAUAAAAACUGGAACGUGCACCAUUCACAUUGAUUCCCCAAAGGUUGUAAUCAAUUUAGAUGGUAACAAUAUUAAGAUUGAAACUAAAGAUAAUUAUACUAGAAAAUUGGUUUCGGAUGUUUUGAACCAGCUAUUAAUAGCAUUUUGA